AUGCUGAGUGAAGGGAGAGAAAUGGCUCUAGCUCUUCCUUACGUUUAUUUGCUUUGCUUGAUUCUGCUUUUGAGUGGAAGUGCGGCGGCGUUAGCCGAUUCGAGUAAUGCCGGCGGCGGCAGGAUCGGCGCGAUUGUCGACUGCGGGUCUCGCGCCGGGAGGGAGGAGAGGGUGGCCGUGGAGAUGGCCAUUGAUGACUUCCGUAAUCGCACCGGCCGCAGCCCGGCUCUACAUGUUGUGGACUCUGCGGGGGAUCCUGUGCGCGCUGCGUCUGCCGCCAUAUCUCUCAUCAACAAGCAGCAGGUGCACGCCCUCAUCGGGCUACGAACAUGGGAAGAAGCGGCGUUCGUCGCCGAGAUCGGCCAACGAGCCCGUGUGCCGAUCCUCAUGUUCGCGAGGACGAGCCCCCCCUCCGCUGCCGAGCGCUGGCCCUUCCUCGUCCGCGUGGCGCCCAGCCAGGACGCGCAGAUGCGCGCUGUCGCCGCCGUCGUCAGCUCCUGGCAGUGGCGGAGGGUCACCAUCAUCUACGAGGACGUCGACUACACCGCCACCAGCAUCAUUCCCCACCUCGCGGACGCACUUCGCAACAUUGGCUCCGAGAUCGACCGCCGCGUGGCCGUCCCUUCCUCCGCGGCAACCCUCACCGAGAAGCUCGAGGAGCUGAAGACCGGGCAGUGCCGCGUGUUCGUCGUCCACACGUCGAUCCAUCUCGCUGCUCGGUUAUUCGCAACGGCAAAUGAGAUGAAUAUGAUGGAGAGUUCUUACGUCUGGAUAGUAACUGAUGGAAUAACAAGCCUCCUCGAUUCGCUUAACGCGUCGACGAUCGCGCCGAUGCAAGGGGUUCUUGGUGUGAGCAACUACUUCGCUCCUAGCUCUCGGGUCCGCGAUUUUAAUGCGAGAUUCAACGCGAGGUUUCGUUUAAGGUACCCACAAGAAGAGAGUAAAGACCCUCAGUUUUUGCCCUACUUGGCAUAUGACACAGCUUGGGCUGUGGCUAUGGCAAUGGAAAAGAUUAACCCUACUAACAACAACGCAUCAAAAAUUAAUAGGGAGAAUUCGAAGGACUUGAUCCCUAUAUGGGUUUCGUCGGAUGGUUUGAAACUAUCGGAAUAUAUUCGUCGAAGUAAUUUCUCCGGUUUAAAUGGCCAAUUCUAUUUUGUAGACGGCGAGUUUGCUCCGCCAAGAGCUUUUGAGCUUGUGAAUGUUGUAGGAAAAAGCUAUAGAGUAUUGGGGUUUUGGUCGCAAGAGCUUGGCUUCUCGAAGAGUAUGGAUCAAGGAGAGGAUUAUGGUUCAUCGAUGAAGGUGCUGGGCCCAGUUUUUUGGCCUGGGGGACCGUGGACUGUGCCAAGAGGUUGGGCUCCGCCGACAAGCGAAAACCCUCUGAAGAUCGCGGUGCCGGAGAAGGCCGUGUUCCCGGAUUUUGCGAGUGUUAAAUAUGAUCAGAAUCCGAACGAACAGCUCUUCGAAGGGUUCUCAAUCGAGGUUUUUAGGGAGACUGUAAGGCGUUUGCCUUACGAUUUGCCGUAUAAGUUUGUCUCCUUCAAUGGCACCUAUGAUUGUUUGAUGGAGCAUGAUCAUAUGAAGGCCUACGAUGUGUUAGUCGGCGAUACAUCGAUCUCCUCGGCCCGGUACCACUAUGUCGAGUUCUCGCAACCGUACACCGAGUCUGGGCUUGUAAUGGUGGUGCCUCUAAGAUUGAAAGGGACAAGCAGAGACUGGAUAUUCUUGAAGCCUUUUACAGCACCAAUGUGGGGCAUAAUUCUAGCAAUAGGUUUGUACAAUGGUCUAGUCGUAUGGAUCAUCGAGCGCAAAUAUAACAGCGAAUUCAGCGGAUCCUUUUGGAAUCAAUUGAGCACGCUAAUUUGGAUAUCCUUCACCACACUUUUAUCCCCAGGAGAGAAGCUGCAGAGCAAUUUGUCCCGUGUGGCUAUGGUGGUGUGGUUAUUUGUGGCAGUGGUACUAACCACAAACUACACUGCGAGCCUUAGCUCACUUCUCACGGUUCAACAACUCGACCUUGUAACCGUGGAGUCACUGAAGAGUAGCAAUGCGAUUGUUGGGUGCACCGGAGGCUCGGUCGUCGGGAAAUACUUGAAGGAAGUUUUACUCUUCAAUCCAGAACAUGUAAAGGAAAUGUCGACCGAGGAGGACUUUCGUAAAGAUCUACUAAGCGGCGAAAUCAAAGCUGCUUUUCUUCGCAUAUCUCACGCGAAAUUACUUCUCGCGAAAUACUGCAACGAGUUCACGAUAGUCGGCCCGGAGUACCAUGUCGGAGGACUAGGCUUUGUGUUCCCCAAGGGCACUCCGCUCUUAUCGGACAUCUCUCAAGCGAUCCUCGAAAUCUUCGAGACCGGGAUGAUUCAGAAGCUCGAGAGUGAGAUGCUUGGCUCCUACAACUGUUCGAGUGCUACGACGGAUGACAGUGAUGAGUUCAAGCUAAGUCCAGGGAGCUUUUGGGGGCUUUUCGGGAUAACUGUUUUUGCAUCUACCGCAUGUUUGACGGUAUACGGAGUGUUCUUGCACCAUAAGAAGAGACACACUACACGCAGUGGAAAUAGCUCGGAUGAUCUACUCGCAGUUGUUGUCGAUCCCAGCAGGCCAUCGUCGGAGAAAAUUGAUACGGUUGAUUUGAGGGGAUUCAGUCCGGAUAUUGAUGAGUCGCUAUGCACGCACUUCGAAAUAGAUUGUGAGAAUCAGGGAACUAGUGCUGUGGAUGCUACCAUGGUAGUAGAAGAUUGUGCAGGAACUCAUCAAGUGAUCGAAGAGUCUCACACUUGA